AUGAAUAAUUCUGAAAUAAAAGGAGCUAAAGAAUUACUUUUAAUGUUAUCCGAUUCAGAAUUAAUGUCAUUGAAAGAUACCGUUACUAAAUCGUUAAAUCCAACAAAUAAUCGUUUAGAAGCUAUUGAUGCAUGUAUAUCAUUUUCUCAAUCACCUAUGGAAUUAUUACGUCGAAAAAAGAUUCGUCGUGAUUUAUUACUUCAAUAUUUAGCAAGAAAAUCAAUAUCAAUAUCACCGGGUAUUGAUAAAGUAAAAUUAGUUAAAAUGAUUGUUGAACAUUGGAAUUCAUCAAUUAAAGUUACAGAUUGUAAUGAAAAUGAUUAUUUUAAUUAUCAACAUUCAUCACAAACUAUUUGUCCAAUUUAUCAACAACAAACACAAUAUCAGUAUCAAACAACAUCAGAUUAUACUCGACAAUUAUCUGAACAAUUUACUGAAUGGUUUUAUACAAAUUGGAAUAAUUCAAAAAAUUUUUGUCCAGAACAUUUUUUUGAUGAUGUAUAUCUUGUUAUAACGCAAGAAAAUAGACGAAUAACUGGAUCACAAAAUGUUUACUGUCAUUUACGUGAUUAUAUUGUUAAAUAUAAUUUAAGAUUUAAUCCAAAUAUAAAUAAUAAUCAAAUUUAUGAAUCACCUCACGGUCUCGUUAUGAUACUUGUACAUGGUACAAUUCAUCAACAAAGUACAUGUUUAGGAAUAUUUGAACAAACAUUUGGACUUGUUCGUGAUCCAACACGUGCAAAUAAUUAUAUAAUCAAAAUGAUAUUUCUUGAUGUACGUACCACUACAGAAGUACAUACAGAAUCUCCACACACUUUAGAACAACAACAGACAAAUUUAAAAUUUCCACCACCAACUUUUGUUUUGGAUAUUAUGAGAAGAUAUGACAGUGAACAACAAAUGAUGAAUGAUGAAGAAAAUGAUAAAGACGAUGAUGAUGAUGAUGAUGAUGAUGUAAAUUUAAAAAGUUUACGAUAUCGAGUUGAAGAAGAAUAA